UGUUGCACUGAUAGUGUGACUAUUGGAUCUGUUGCGCGAGGGUCGCACAACCCAGUGUAGGUAUGUAACCCCGCGUGCAGUGCUAAAACAACUCAGCCACUCUGUUCAUCUUUUUUAUUUCUCAAGAAAACGGUGAAUUUUAAAGGAUGUCUAUUUACGGGUCUUUCCAGCAAGAGAGUUUCUGGUGUGGAUUUACUCAUCAAGCUAAGAGGUGUGUGUGAUCUGACUGACACGGGUUCUUGUACCGAUGGAGGAGCGCAGAGGUGGUUAUGCCGGUGGUUCCUUCAGCGCCGUUCGCCCGCUCUUCCCCACGACUGUAAUCUUUUCUUGGGACAGGACAUUUGGCGAGGGGAAAUGUGAAGAGGCUUAAAGUAUGGCAUGCAAAGAUGGUCUCUGCCAAGAAGGAGAUGGUGACUGCGAUGUACCCAAGUUGCGUUUCGACUCUCUUGUACUUACUCUUCGUGACUGCUUGUAUAAAGAAAAUCUCUGGCCAACCCAAAAAGGAUGAUAAAUUAUAUCCGGAGAAUUUUACACGAAUUUUAGACCGCCUUCUGGAUGGCUACGACAACAGACUUCGACCAGGAUUUGGGGGUCCAGUGACAGAAGUCAAGACUGAUAUUUACGUCACCAGCUUUGGUCCUGUCUCUGAUGUUGAAAUGGAGUACACAAUGGAUGUGUUUUUUCGGCAAACCUGGGUCGACAGACGACUGAAAUAUGAGGGGCCUAUUGAGAUCUUGAGACUUAACAAUCUCAUGGUGACUAAGGUGUGGACCCCCGACACGUUUUUCAGGAAUGGGAAGAGAUCCGUGGCUCACAACAUGACUGCCCCAAACAAGCUCUUCCGCAUCAUGAAGAAUGGUACCAUCCUUUACACAAUGAGACUGACGAUCAGUGCAGAAUGUCCAAUGAAGCUGGUGGAUUUUCCUAUGGACGGUCACUCUUGUCCCCUUAAAUUUGGGAGCUAUGCAUAUCCUAAGACAGAGAUGAUCUACACUUGGACAAAAGGACCAGAAAACUCUGUAGUCGUGCCCCCAGAAUCGUCCAGUCUGGUGCAGUAUGACCUGAUUGGUCAAAGUGUUUCCAGUGAAACCGUCAAAUCAAUCACAGGUGAAUAUGUGGUGAUGACGGUGUAUUUCCACUUGAUAAGAAAAAUGGGCUACUUCAUGAUUCAGACAUACAUCCCUUGCAUAAUGACAGUAAUCCUCUCCCAAGUGUCCUUCUGGAUAAAUAAAGAAUCUGUUCCCGCGAGAACCGUCUUUGGCAUCACCACAGUCCUGACCAUGACCACCCUGAGCAUCAGUGCCCGCCACUCGCUGCCCAAGGUCUCCUACGCCACGGCCAUGGACUGGUUUAUCGCCGUCUGCUUUGCCUUUGUCUUCUCCGCCCUCAUCGAGUUCGCCGCCGUCAACUACUUCACCAAUGCGCAAGCGGAGCGGGCCAAGAGGAAGCUGGCCAAACAGUGCCCGGUGCAUUCAGCUGAGGCAAAAGCCAAGGACAAAGACACGGAGGAGGUUCUGCAGCAAAACUCGGACACAAACGGCAACCUUAGGAAACGGCUGAACAACUCCUCAUCCCGCUCGGACUCCAAGAAGGCCGACUCAGCCAGCAGCAGCAGUGGCAGCAGCGGUAACAACAGCACCGCGGUGAAGGGCGCACGGCAAGCCUCCUCCAACACCGGGACCACCGGCAGCUCCUCCACCCUCGCUCCAACCGGCCCCAACUCAGCGCUCACUGCAGCCUCUAACUCCAAAACCACCCCACCCGCGCCCCCCUCCACCCCCACUGUGGGAGGCCGGAUGGGGGCCAGUGCCCAGGGGGGUGCGCCUUCCCUCCACAACCUUCUGGGGCCGAAGCUGGAGCACAUCCAGAGCAAGAUGGAUGCAAAGCAGAGCGCUCCUGCCACGGGCGGCACCAGCAAGAUCGACAAAUAUGCACGCAUCCUCUUCCCAGUGUCCUUUGGGGCCUUCAACAUGGUCUACUGGGUGGUUUACUUAUCAAAAGAUACAAUGGAGGGACGAAAUAUUUAAUCCUCCUCGUCUUCGUCUCGGCGUGGAUUAAUAUCUGUCUGUCACGCUCUCUCAGUCUCUCUCUCUCUCUAUACCCUCUCUCUCUCUCUCUCUCUCUCUCUCUCUCUCUCUCUCUAACCUCUCUCACGUGGAGAUGUUGAGUUACAGAGGAAAUAAAUCUCUCUGUGUGGAUAUGGUCAAACAUUUCCAAUGGGAGAAAUGAAAUCAUAUCUUGACAAGUCAGAAAAAACACUGAACAAGCAUUGUUGCAGAUUAUCUCAGCAAAAAUAAUCUUUUAGCCUGUUUUUUUUUUUGUUGUUGUUCAUCGUCAAGGACCCCCAUGCUAACCGUCCCUCAAGAACAAGCAUGUGGAUUUAAUAAGAAAAAAUCUUUCAAGCAGUCUCCAGAGAUGGAAUAUAAAAAUCUCUGGAUUUUGUUUUUGUUUAUUGUUUGUUUGGGGGUUUAUUUGUGCUCACAUAUUUAUGCCAAUUCAUCUGAGGGACAUCUGGCAGUUUCCUUUCAAUCAGAGUAUCUAACCUGGGAGGAUGCCACAAUAGGACUCAGUAGGAACUGAGCACUUUCCAGGUCUGUUUUUUUUACCCACAAUGCAACACCCCCCUCACUGGGGGCCAGUUCUCAACCCACCUUUCCCUGUUUCCCUCCUAAAUUCAGGUUGGCUAAAAUAGCAUAAACAAAUCAAGGUCUCAUCCAAUGUAAGCUUCUCUGAGUCGUUGCAAACUUUGGGUCAAGUACAGGAUCUUUAAACAAUACAACAGCUUGAACAGCAAUUCAGCUGAUGUUUCACCAGCGUAAGACCACUAAUUUAAAUGCAUGUCUUUUAAUUCUUUAUUUUUUCGUUUUGUGACACAGUCCUGACCAGAGACAUGGAUGACUGAUGCUGUCUCUAUAACCUCUUAUUGACUAGAAUAGUAUUAAGUCCAGCGAACCCACAGUGGCUUGACAUAUGCUUGUUUGUUUUAACGUUUUAACUUUUUUUACUUAUUGGUAGAGCAUUUUCUUGUCUUUUCUUUUCUUUGAAUGUGUUAUUCCUUCCUGUCAUCAGGCUGGCAGGUUAGUGAGUAUGGUGUAACAAAUGAUACUUCAUACAAUACAUGUGUAUAGGCAUUCUGUUGCCUAUCCUGAUCAUGUGACCAAACAAUAACAGAGGCUGUUACAGCAGUGGAACCUUAACAGAACUUUGAAAGGUAUUUGAUUUACAUAGCACAAAAUCUUUGGACAUGGUCCGGUACACUCUCCUUGAAAACAAAGAUUGUAUGGGAUGAUAUGAGUUUGCAUGUUUAUUUGUAUCAGGGCAGAUAGGUUUGAGAAAAGACUUUGUACGAUGACCCAAUCUGAAGGGCAAAAUGCCCAGAUUGAAUAGUGGGGUGAGGGCACAGAGAAAGGGCCAGAUUGAUAGCAAAGCCCUGUCUACUUCAGAGAGGAAAUAUUGACCAGGCGUAAGCAAUUCUGGUUGCCCAGGAAGUGUCUUCCACACACACCAUUAACUUGAGAAACUUCCAUAUCUCACCCUAAAACACAACCACAUUUUCCCCGGGUCCGUCCCGGCCUUGUUAUUAAUACCGGCCAUCGGGUCAGAGCCAAGCUCUAGCCACAGUCCAGUUUACACACACACACACACACACACACACACACACACACACACACACACCCUCUGCAGCUAUUGAGUUUUCUCAGAGCGCUUGCCAAUCUCGGGAGCUGGUGAUGUGCCAGGCCUGUCUGGCUGUGCCAGGUGUGUUGAGAGUGAUGUGUCCGGGAGCCAGGAGGACACCGGCAGGGGCGGUAAAUCGCCAGGAGCCAGCCAGACCCCGGAUUAAAUGUCAAUUUCGACCGGGCGAUGGGAGGCCAGCGCGGAGCUUUCUCCAGCCCAAGGCCCAUCCACCGUGAGCGGGCAGAGAAGAUGCAAUACCAGAUGAUAUGCUCUUCUCACACUUAAAUACAGUGACAGAGAUCAUCGCGUCAUGUCCUUAUUGUGGUCAAUAGUAGGCGAUCGGAUUAGCUCGAUCUCUAAGUAUUAGGAUGGCUGCCCUGUUGUCCUUGUUAAUAGCUGCCUUAUUGAUUGGAGUACUGAGAACAGUCCCCCCCCCCACACAUACACACACACACACACACACACAUCUCCCAGUGAGUACAUUUAAUCUGCUAGCCGCUAAAUUAAAUCAGUGUGUGUUUUGUUGUUCCUGAGAGAGGAUGCAUUGACAUGGCAACCAUGUAAGGCAUUUCUUCAGCCUGAGCCUGGAGCAUGUGGGAAGAAUACUAAUACUUUCUGAGGCAUCUGCAGGCUUUUUGUCUUCUUUUCCUCUCUGAAACCAGCAGUGCCGUUUCAAAGGUUAAAGUGCUAAGUGCUAAGUAGAUAUUUAGUGCCCCUGGGGAUCUUGUUCCAGGCACUUACCUUUGCUAGGGAUGUAUCACUUCUAUACAACACUGGGUAGCUCAUUACCUGUCUUGUUCUUUUUCUCUCUCUUUCGCUCUCUCUCUCACUCAUUCCUUUUCUCUGUGUGCACUCUCUAUUCCCUCUAUUUCUCCUUUCCCUAUCCUGCUUUCUGUUCUCUCUCUCUUUCACCCCCCCCCCCCCCCCCCACACACACACACACAUACAGAUACACACUUACACACACUCAUUCCUUCUAAAAUAAUGCUCCUUCCACAGCUCAUCUUGGAUACACUCUUUAAUAGGGGAUGUAUUUCAAAUCAGAAGACCGAUGAGGGAUGAAGACGUUUGGGACUAUGAGUGUCCUAGGAAAAAACGCGCUCAUGGGUGAAAUUGACUUUGUAACCUUGACCUACCCCCUCCCCUAUCUAACUCCACCUAUACCUGUUUUUAGAAACACACACACACACACAAUUUUGACCUCCGAUGAGCCAUCUCUUUGCUUAGAAACCACUGGAGUCGCCCUACCUAGUCCUGUUCUCACACCCUCUGGCCCUGCCGUUUCUCUUGUAGCUCACCUGCUCUGAGGGAGGCAUGUCAUCUGAGGAUAAUAGUUUUGCCGUUUACAUAAGAAAGCAUUCAGCCAGAGGAGGCGAGCUCAGUAACUAACAGAAAUAUCAUUACCGAAGACAGGGCUGUGGUUCACUGACUGCAUUCGACACUUUAAACCGACCCUCCAAGCUAUCUGUUGAGACAACACGCUUUAUUGCUCUCUCCUCUUUUUCUCUUCCGGUCUUUUCUCCAUCACUAAGAAGCUUAAUGAAAGUGCAAAUCACAGUCAGCGAGCAUCCUGUUGUGAACUUUGUGGUGGUGUUUGAUUUUCUUUCUUUUCUCUUUCUCUUUUUUCCAAUUUGUCUUGUUUUUUUUGUGCAAUAAAGCAAUGCCCAGAUUUCCUGUUCCAUGUUGCUUGCAUCAAUAACCAGACUAGAUCAUCUCAGGUUAGGCAGGCCUUGAAUUAUGUGUAUACAUGCAUGAUUUAAAAAAAAAAAGAUGCAUCGGCAUUUAUUUAAUUCCUUGUAAGCGAAAAAGGACACCUUAAUAGGAUACCACUGGACUUCAGUGUUUCUGAUGGGAUUUUAACCUCAGUGAACCUGGAGCUCUGUCGGGCAGUGCAAGACGCAGGGCAUUCCCCAUUCAUCCACUGCCGCUGAUGAUGCAGAGUACUGGCAGCUGGGUGUGCAAACGUUAUCCCAACAUACUGACUUUGUUUUUCCUUCUCCUCACCAAGAAGCAUUGUCCGCCGCAGCGGGAGACCUCACCUAGGGAAGUUGUAUUGCCCUAUAGCUCGUAGUUGUGUGUGAUCUUGCUCUUGGACUGCAUCUAAAAACCCACAAGGAGGACGAGAAGGAGCAGCAGUGGGGGAAACGAAGCACACAGCACACAGACAGCAAAUGAAAUGUGUGAAGACGAACAAAAUAAGUCUUGUUCCUCACCAACAGACCAGUCUGGAAACACCUGUAAUUUAAACACUUACUGUAAAUACGGUCAUCAAUAACUGAAUGUGUUUGUACAGACAAUACUAACAUUCUGUGUUUUGUAGUUGAAAAUAAUAUUUACAAUUGCUCUAUGCAAAACAAUCACCUUAGAAUAUGACAUUGUGCAGGUGCCUAAGAUGGUCUCCUUAAUGAUGAUAUCGAUCACAGCCAAAUAAAACCAGUGAUAAUGUUCGAAUAAAUAUAACCAUUCAUCCUCUGUUA